AUGUCGUGCGAAGCCUGCCGUACCAUUCCACCUGUCACACCCCAAGGCUAUAUCCCUCAAGGCCGGUACGAGACCCUCGCGGGUCUCAACACAUAUGUCGCCGGAAAAACAGAUGCACGGAUUGGUCUUGUAGACAUCUACGGUGUUUUUGGGAUGGCCAGUCAAACUGUCCAAGGCGCCGAUCUCCUGGCGGCCCGGCUAAACGCUGUGGUGCUCAUUCCGGAUUUCUUCGGUGGGGAACCCUUGAAACAUGAAAACGUGCCCGCCAACACGGAGGAGAAGAAGCAGAUUAUUGCAGAAUUCCUGGCUCACAAAGCAAAUGUCACUCGCAAUGUUGGGGUGGUGACAGAGGCCGUUCAGGAAUAUCGCACGCGAUUCCCAUCAAUCAGCAAAUGGGGAGCCUUUGGUUUGUGUUGGGGUGGAAAAGUAACAGUUCUCGCGUCUGGUCCUAACACUCCGUUCGCUGCGUCCGGUCAAGUGCAUCCUGGUAUGAUGAAUGUGGCUGACGCGAAGGCGCUGUCAAUCCCUCACAUCGUGUUGGCCUCUAAAGAUGAGCCCGUGGACGCGGUCGCAGAUUAUACGGACCUGCUUUCCAAGAAUGACAAGACGGGCCUAGUUGAAACCUAUUCCACCAUGUGGCACGGAUGGAUGGGUGCCUGGGCAGAUCUUGAGAAGGAGGAAAGUCAGGCUGAAUAUGCUCGUGGGUAA